AUGCAACAGAUUCAAUGCCAGUUUAAUGUUAGAUAUGCCUUCUCCAUCAACUCAUUCCCCAACAUGCCAAAUCCAUGGAAACCUUUCAAUUCACUCACUGUCUUCACAACCAAGGAAUACAAUGCAACAAUUGAGUUCUAUUGGGCACCUUUUCUUCUUGAAUCAAACUCCGAUAACGCUGUCAUUCAUCGCGUAACUGAUAGGAUUGUCAGAAAGGGUUCGAUCAGUAAGCACGGCCGCUAUUGGAAAGGCGCAGACAUUGUGGUAUUCAACACCUAUAUUUGGUGGAUAACUGGCUCCAAGAUGAAGAUAUUGCUUGGCUCAUUUAAAGAUGAAGCAAAAGAGAUUGUUGAGAUGUCAACAGUGGAAGCCUAUCGCAUGGCUAUGAAAAGUGUGGUUAGAUGGGUGAGAAUGAACAUGAAACCUAACAAGACUAGAGUCUUCUUCACUAGCAUGUCACCUUCUCAUGGAAGGCAAGUUUAGUAUAAUCCAUCACAAUUUUUUU